AUGCCGUACAAACUGAACGCUGGCUUCUGUGAUACAUCGGAAUUAGCGUACGGAGCAUGCCUGUACAUCCGGACGUCCACUCAGGAGGGUGCUCACACGACUCAUUUAUUAUGCGCCAAAUCACGAGUUGUAGCAUUAAAGAAAAUUUCAUUACCACGACUCGAAUUGUGCGGCGCACUGUUGCUUUCAAAAUUAAUCCACCAGGUACGUCAGGCACUGGCUAUACCAUUCAAGGAAGUUUUCUGUUGGUCCGAUUCAACUAUCACCUUGGCCUGGAUCAAAGGCGAACCACAUCGAUGGAAAACCUUCGUCGCCAAUCGAGUAACCGAGAUUCAGCAACUCAGUCAACAAUCCAACUGGAAUCACGUAAUCUCAGAUGAUAAUCCAGCUGAUAUCAUUUCACGUGAUUGCGAUCCAAUCGGUUUGAGAGAUUCAGAAUUCUGGUGGACGGGACCAACGUGGCUCUCCAGGGAUUCGUCGCAUUGGCCGCAACAAACCCAGCAACAUUCUGAAGUGAUACCAGAGUUGAGACAACCACAUGUAAUAUUCGCUCAUGUCAAUCAAUUGUGCCAACUAUUCGACAGAUUUUCGUCACUUAAUCGGCUUCAACGUGUACUUGUCUACUGCCUGCGAUGGAAGACUAUAGUUAAGGAUCGAAACACCGUUACCUCGGGACAUUUAACCGUUGCUGAACUUGACAAAUCUAUAAAGGUCUUAAUAAAACUCAUGCAAUCGCAGGAAUUUGUUCAGGAAUUGCACGCACUUAAAUCACAUCUGAGCAUUCCACGCAACAGUCGAUUACGCGCAUUAAAUAUUUUCCUCGAUCAUGACGAGAUAAUUCGCGUAGGUGGACGAUUACAUAAUGCCAAUUUAAAUUAUUCGCAAAAUCAUCCAAUUGUUUUACCCACAAAACAUCGACUCACCGAACUCAUCAUACGCGACGAACAUUAUAAACAUUUACACGCCGGUACACAAGCAUUACUAGCCGGUAUCAGAGAAAGAAAUCGGCUGCAUCCACAUCGAAUGCUUGUGGAGGUCUAUAGCGACUGUGCUUUAUCGGAAACAACGUGCAGAAAUUGGUUUCGUCGGUUCAAGGACGGCAACUUUGACCUGAGCGACAAGAAGCGUGAAAAUAGGCCCAGGAAGGUUGAGGACCUUUAA